AAAACAACUGUCAGAUUGUAUGAAAUGUCGAUUAAUAAUUGCAAUUGAAAAUGUCCUUUAUCUUGCAAAAAACAAAGCCUUUCGACAAGAACAAGAAAAAGCCUCCGCCGCGACCGCCGCCUCCGAAUUUUUCAAAGUACAGAAGUAAGUCGACGUUUAAUUUAAACGAAAAUCUCAUCGAAUGGAGCCCACCGAAUUCUCCGAAGACAGAAAGAGUAUCAAACUUCGGUGGGAGUGUAUCGAGUUCGUUCAGCAGCAGUACGAGUAGUUUGGCUUCUAGUAAAAAAAGCUUCGAUUGUGAUAAUAUGUCAGUUUCUAAUAAUAUUUGGCCAAUUAAUCUGAAUGCUAUCGCUACGACAAGCAACGCCACAAACGUGCCUUAUAGUCACCAGACAGUCGGUAGACAAUCAACUAAUGUGAUAUUGAAUCAGCCAAUUUCGAGAAACGGCCAAAGAAACGUUAACGCCAAUCACUUGAGCGUACCCACAAUUAUUAGGCCUCGACCGAUUAAGACGAAGGCGAUAAAAGAGCAAAUCGAAGAGCCUUCGAACAAUUCUCCGCCUAUGCCUUCUGUCCCGCCGCCGAGCCCCCCUAAGAAUGUCGAUAACGAGGAUAUCCCUUAUGGAAUAGCUUUGUAUGAUUUCGAAGCAAAGGAACCGAAUGAUCUGUCUUUUCAAGCAAAUGAUAUUGUUAUUUUGUUGAAAAAAAUCAAUAACGAUUGGUACUUUGGGAAAACCCAAGAUAUAGAAGGGAUGUUUCCUGCCAAUUUCAUUGAAGUGGUAGUGCCUUUAGAAAAAGACGAUAAUACUGUGAUGGCUUUGUUCGAAUUCCCCGCUCAAAUGGAAGGAGAUUUAGCCUUAAAGCCUGGACAGCUAGUAACAGUUAUGAGAAGGAUUAACGAGGACUGGCUGUACGGUGAGUCGAAUGGACAAGUCGGGCAGUUUCCUAGCAAUUUUGUUGAAAGGGUACCAAACGUUUGAUACAAAAUUUAUUUGGGUUCCAUUGCAUUUUAAUGGAUACUUUUAGUCUAUAUGUAAUAUUCCAUAUUAUAAAUAAUAUAUAUUUGUCAUAAACUUAAAUAGGAACAAGUUGAAGCAAAAAAUGAUUACGAAUAAAACUAACAACACAUAAAAAUUC